GCAGACCUUUCUUCACAUUUUCAUCAAUUUGAAACUUCUUUCACUCUCAAUACUACACAAUGGCAAAUGAUGCUAAGGCAACUAAGUUCACUUUGAAAGUUAUGGUAAAUAGGCACAAAACAAAAGUACUAUUUGCAGAAGUCGACAGCGAUUUUGCAGACGUAUUGUUAAGCUUUCUGACGAUGCCGUUGGGAAAGAUUGUGAGAGUUCUGAAGAAGCAUUACGGAGAAGAUGUCAAUAUCGGAAGCUUGACCACUUUGUGCGAUGGCUUAUCGAACCUCGACAGUGUCCAUUUCUGCACAAAUGGUUGCAAGGAGAUGCUGCUCAAUCCGAGAAGUACAUUCGAACGUGAUUGUCGUAAGCUGAAACUCGAUAUCCAUGAAACUCAUUCCACCAAGUACUUUUUGUGUGACAACUUGAAUUGUGGUCAAUCGCGGAUAAGCAUGUAUUAUGAUACCGCUACAUGCAUAUGUGGUAAAACUCUUAAAAGAGAAAUUGAUGUUAAGGAAUCUGAAGAGGAAGCUGGUGACGGAGUUUUUACGAAAAACACAGCUUCGUUCUUGAUCUCUGACGAUCUGCGGAUGCUGCCUAACGUGUCGGUAUCUAUAAUACAAGAUCUUACGAAUCUUGGUAUUACAGAUACCGAUGGUGCGGAGCUAAUGAAUGUGACUUUUGGAUUCAAUGAGAUUAUGGAUUUGUUCAAGGGGUCGUUGCUAUCGCAGACUCCACUAACGGAUAUCAUACUCAAGAAAAGAAAGAAUAUUGGAUCCACCACAAAAGAAUACGAAGCAGAAACUGAAUUGCGUAAUAAGAUUGAGAAAGAGGGGGUCGUCUCCGAAUCAGACAAGAAGAUGAAAUUGAAAGUGAUGGUACAAAGAUCUACAAAUAAGUUAUUGUUUGCUCAAGCAAGGGAUGAUUUCGUGGAAUUCCUUUUCGGUUUGCUCACGGUCCCACUUGGUGGAGUACUUCAUUGUGUUUUGGGCAUUCAUAGUAAGGGACUUGAGAGUAUAUAUAAUUUGUACACGAGCUUAGCUGAACUCAUCGGGGACAGGUAUUUUUUUACUCCCGAUAAAAAAACGAGCCUAAUGAAACCGUUGCUACUCGGCGGUUGUAAGUCCAAGAACCAAAUUCUUCCUCUUACUGAAGAAUCGCGUCAUCAUAAGUUGUAUUAUAAUCAAGAAGGCAACCCGAACAAAGAAUGUACUGUAUCCUAUAAUCCCGGUAACAGUUAUAGAGUUUUAUAUGCGAAAGGCCAAAAGGAAUACAUUAAAGGAACGACGAUGUUUAUGGUGAGCGACGAUUUGACUGUGAAACCUUUGAGUAUGAUCUCAACCCUUUCUAAACUAAAGGAAAUGAACAUCCCUUUGUCUGAGGUGAGAGAAUUGGAGGUGCAAAUUGGAUUACAAGAGGUGCAGGCUAUAAGCAUAUUGAAGGCAUCUCUUACAUCGACUUUUGCCCUAACCGAUGGUCUGAUGAUCGAUCCCAUGUCGAAGAAAAAAGUUAAGCAAGAAGUCUAA